CUAAACACAGACACACAAACAUGGCGUCCAAGGGGAAUGUCGCUGCAGUUCUUCAUGGAAUAGACGACCUUCGUAUCGAAGAACAUCCUGUUUCUCCUCCUUGCAAGGGAGAGGUGCAAAUUGCGAUGCAUGCCGUUGGUAUCUGUGGAUCUGAUGUCCAUUACUUGAAGCACAUGAGGAUUGGAGAUUUCAUCGUCAAUGAGCCAAUGGUUCUGGGACAUGAAUCAAGUGGAGUGGUCGCUGAGGUUGGAGAAGGUGUGACGCAUCUGAAAGUUGGUGAUAGGGUGGCUAUUGAGCCGGGAGUGCCUUGUCGCACUUGCCCUUUCUGCAAAGAAGGACGUUAUAACCUCUGUGAAGAGAUGAAAUUUUGUGCUACCCCACCCUUCCAUGGCUCUCUUUGUCAAUGUUACAAUCAUGCAGCAGACUUCUGUUACAAGUUGCCAGAUCAUGUCAGUUUUGAAGAAGGUGCUUUACUGGAGCCACUGUCCGUAGCUGUCCAUGCUUGCCGCAGGGCUGGUAUCACUGUUGGAGAUAAUGUUCUUGUAUGCGGAGCAGGACCCAUUGGACUGGUCAACCUCCUUACUGCAAAAGCUUGUGGUGCAAGCAAAAUAGCCAUAACUGAUUUGGAUGAAGGCCGCCUUGCCAAGGCCAAAGAACUGGGGGCAGAUUAUACAAUCAAGGUUGAGAGCAGAGAUGGCAAGGAAGUUGCCAACAAGAUCUUGGAACAACUUGGCACAGCUGCUGACAAGACUAUUGAAUGUACAGGAGCAGAGUCAAGCAUACACACUGGAAUCUAUGCAACCAAGUCUGGAGGUGUGUUGGUGAUUGUUGGAAUGGGAAAGAGUGAAAUUAACUUGCCGAUAGUUAAUGCCUUGGUGCGUGAGGUUGAUAUAAGAGGGAUAUUCCGCUAUGUCAACUGCUACCCAACAGCUCUUGCUAUGGUUGCCUCAGGAACUGUUAACGUCAAACCACUAGUCACACAUCAUUUUAAGCUUGAAGAAUCAAGAAAGGCAUUUGAGACGUCGGCAUCAGGGGAGGGUGGAGCCAUUAAAGUCAUGAUCCACUGUGAUCAGUGAUGUUCCAAGUACUUAAAAAAGUAUCAGAGCUAUUUUCUUUCUAGAACCAUUCAAUGCCGAGCUCGGAUGACGUGAAAUUAGGCCCUGUUUACAUGGAGGGAGGGUGAUUAUAAUGCUGGAGUAAGCUCUCUUGUUUUUGCCGUCUUCCCCUCAGUAAAACAAACGAGAGGCUUGUCCCUAGUACUAGGAUUAGCCUAACCUCCAUGUAUAAAGGCCUAGACAACCUUCAAACUAUAGCUAGGAUUUUAGAUUAAGUUUCACAAAAUACUAUUCUUACGUAGCUUGAAUUUCAGACCAAACAAAUACUCUGACCGAUGUAUUCAUAUAGGUUUACUACUAUUAUUGCUAUACAUUGAUCAAGAUAAACAUCGACAGGUUAAAGGGCAAAAGAUGACAAUCAAUAAACAAAAUAUGAGAGUUUAUUAACGUACAUAGUACUGGAAAGAUACAUGGGAAGGAUUUAGUAGACCUAUUCAGCUUCGUUUGUCUGGUGUGCACAUUUUAGACCAUGUGAUGCCACUCUGGGAAGUUGAUUCUUUCAUGUGUAAUUAUUUUGACAUGUUUUGUCAUAAAAGAACAAUUCUCAAGGGAAUGUCAUGUGAUCUGAAAUGGGCAAUUUGCAUACGAAGCCAAAGAGGUUUAUUUGAUUGGACUAAGGUCGACUAAGGUUGAUGAACAGUGCGAAUAGGAUAUAGUAAUAAGAACAUUGGUAAUGUCAAAUUAUAGUUAAUGUUGAAUCAUUUCAUGCAAAUCAUUUUAGAUAGUUAAAAAAAGUAUUUGUCAAUCA